AUGGAAUCCAGUUUCAUAAACCUAAAGCUCAUUUCAUGCAAAGACAUUCACGCCUUCAACUUCUUCCAAAAACUAACCCUCUACGCACAAGCCUCAAUCUCCUCCAACAACCCCAGAAUCCAACUCAACGAAAAAAACACGCAGCAACAACGAACACCAACACACAGAAACCCCGAAGAAGACGGAACCAACCCCGAAUGGAACCAUGACAUGCGUUUCGAUUUAUCUUUUCUCUCCUCACAUUCAGAUCCAACCGAGUUUUUCAUUUGUUUCGAGUUUCGUCACGACGGCGUCAUCCUCGGGGACAAAUUCAUAGGCCAGAGCCGUGUUCCGAUAACGGAUCUGAUUAACGAUGUCGACGGUAUCACGCGGUUUGUUAGUUACGAGAUUCGUUCGGCUGAGGGAAAGCCGAACGGGAUCUUCGAUUUUUCGUAUAAAUUGGAGGGUGUUCAGAAUCAAUCGUCACAGAUUCUCGAUGGGAGAAUCUCGGGAUAUCCUGUUCUGACUCCGGAGGAUUGUGCUCCUGCUCCGGUGCAAUAUCCGAUAUCGGAAAUCGAGAGACCGUGUUGUUAUUCUGUUCCGGAGGGACCGUUUUACGCACCUGUUGCGGCGACGGCGCCGCCGCCUGUUUCAUAUCCGUUUGCCGGAGAUUGUAAUUAUUAUUAUCCACCGCCGCAGCCGUCAAUGUAUCCGUAUCCUCCUCCGCCUCCUCCGAGGGAGCGGCUUUACCCACCUAUUGGGCCUGAGGCCCAUUAUUGGCAGUCCGGCCCGCAUUUUGAAAACCGGUGGUGA